AACGCGUUGAUCAUGACAGAUAAUCUCACGGGGGACAGUUCAAAUGACGGAUUGAGCAACAUGCCCAAAGAUUCAUUUUACUACAUUCGACUCGUGUGUUAUGUGAUCAUCUUUAUCGUUGGUGUUGUUGGAAACAUUUUGGUCUGUUUGGUAGUUUGUCGUCAGCGAAAAAUGAAAAACGUCACAAACUAUUUCAUCUUCAACUUGGCCGUGAGUGAUCUCUUCGUGUUACUGAUUUGCAUUCCCUUUGACUUCGGCGAGAUUGUAACUGGAAAUUUCCCUUACGGAGCUGUAAUGUGCAGACUCAUUUAUCCUCUACAAACCAUGGCAGCAACAGCAUCUGUUGGCACGCUUGUAGCUAUUAGUCUGAAUAGGUUCAUGGCAGUCGUGUAUCCACUCCGUCCGCAGCUACAGACUCGUGACGCAAAGAAAGUUAUUGGCAUAAUUUGGGUUUUUGCAUUAGCUCUGGUGUCGCCAUACAUUGCCGUUUUGGAGAUGAACGCUGCUGGUACUGAGUGCCAAGAAUAUUUCCACGAAAAAGGGCUGAACGCUGGCGGUUAUACCAUUUCGAUCUUCCUUCUGCAGUAUGUCGUCCCGUUAUCCAUCAUUGGACUCUCGUAUAUAAGAAUUGGCCGCGAUCUUCGCAAGGACAAAGGGUCGUAUUCAAACGAUACCCUUCAGCGCGACCAGGAAAAGGAAGCGCAUAAAGUAAUGAAGAUUCUCACUGUUGUUGUAAUUGUCUUUGCUUUGCUGAUGCUUCCUAAUCACAUUUACUUCUUGUGGUUCGACUUUGGUAAAGGAGAGGGCGAAUACCCUCAUGCUUAUGGCAUCAAACAGAUCUGUCAGAUUUGUGUUUACGCAAACAGCGCCGCCAAUCCGCUCAUUUACAACGCCGUCAACGAACAGUUCCGAGAGGGCUUCAAAACAUAUUUCCGCUCGUGGAUAGAGUGCGUCCUUAAGAUCAAAAGGAGCAAAAGGAGGGAUGACCUAAAAGUGACCAACAGACGGAAUGGGGCCAAACCCAUAGGAACAUGCACCAUGUGUGGGAGCAGCGAUACAUCCCUAGAUGGAACUCUUUAUUCUCAGAAGCAACAGCUACAAGUCAACAAUAAUGGCGGGGCUCAAAUCUCGAUGAACGGAACAACAGAUACUAAGAACUCAAUUGAAUCUGAGUCGGACAAAGUCGAGGAAGAUAAAGAGUUGUUGACAUCCGUGUAAAGGGAAGGUCGUACGCCCUCCUCCUCCCCUCCCCCCGGAUAAAAUGUGUUUGAGGCGCAAAGGUGCGAUUGCCAGGUAAAUGGAUAACCAGCGGUUACAAUAAGCAAGAGGUACGUGUAUUGUUAUUGUUUGAAAGGAGCAAACAUUGCCAAUGCUGUGUGCGCUCAGAUUAGGUUAUGUUGUGUUGGAUGCGUAGAAAAUUAUCAUGAAAUUAUUAUGAAAAUAUACAUGUCUCGGAGUUUAGCUAGCUCGUCACAGCUAAGACUGUUAGGGUCUUCAAACCAAAUGUUGCGAUAGUUUUACGCGCGAUAGGUAAUUAUUGGUUAAUGCUUAAGUACAACUUGUAUGAAGCUCUGAGAAUUGAGUGGAACAGUUGUUUAAAAAAAGAACCCUAUUAAAUCCGAUUUAUAUGAACUGAAAGACGGUUUUCCCCUACCCAUGCAGCCCACAAAGAGAUAUUGGGCAACACUUCGUGGUCAAGAAACCAAUUUCUGCUUCUAAUGUACAUAGUUAUGAACCUCUGUGAAUUUAGCCAAAUCCAAUACAGGUGUCUGGCCUUUCACGUUCUUGUCACGUGGGACAGACAUAAAGUCCUAUGCGAGUGCACUACACAUCACGUAUUAAUCCACGUGCAUUGCACAUCAUAUUCUUGCCACGUGGGACAGACAUAAAGUCCUAUGCGAGUGCACUACACAUCACGUAUUAAUCCACGUGCAUUGCACAUCACGUGUUACAUUUUUCUGCCUGUAUGAUGAACAAGUAAAAAUAAUGUCUGAAGGAGAAGUUCACUUCAAAAACCAUACAACUUUUAUUCACAAUUUCAUUUGUACUUUUAAUUGGAAAAGAUGAAAAUUAUAUGGUGUCUGGAGUAUACUUCUCCUCUAACUUCUGAGAAAACUUUACUAGAAAUACAGUUCUGACUUAAAAAAUUCUCCGAGAUAGCUUUGAAAAAUUAACAUCUUGAAUACAAGUAUCCUACAAUUACGAAUACUGCACCUUAAGCCAAUAAUUUAAUCAGUAUAACUACAUUUCCACUAUAUCACUAUAUCAAAGUAGUUCCAUUAAUUCUAUUGGCAAUUUUCAAGUAUGUGUCAUAUAGAGAUACUAUUCAAACUAAGAAAUACUAUAUAUUGCUGAAUUUUAGUCUAUAUAACUAUUUCAUGACUAACUGAUAAUCUACUUAAGUUUCAAGAGAACUUUCCAAACUGUAACAUUAUUUACUACAAACUAGCACCUCUUAAAUGGAGAACUUCAAAUAAACUGCAGAAAACUGUA